GAGUGUGAUUUCACUGUGGCAGAGUUUGUAGGACGUGUUGUUGGCUUUUUGCAGUGAAAUAACUUACACCUCACCUCAAGUAUCAUAGAAGGAUACAGAAGAAUUUCAGUUCUGGAAAGAAGUCAAUAUUCUGUGAUUUCGAAGCAACGGUACUUCCGCUUUGUUAUUACUCGGCCAAGAUGGAGGAAGAACACAGAAAUAUCCUUAUAAGGCGUCGGACAGCAAUCACGAAUGAUUUAGAGGUGAAGAAGGUGUUGAAUAAACUAACUGUUCUUGGUGAUGAGGACAGGGACGAGAUAAAAGCAGAAAGAACGCGCACGGAGCAGGCUCGUGCCUUACUCGAUAUGCUCCCCAGGAAGGGAUCAAACGCCUUCACAGAUUUUGUUUCUGUUCUAUAUGAGGUAAAAGGCCAGGAACAUCUCGCCGAUCUUCUGAGAAAGGAUUCAGGUAUAGAAAUACCGACUAAUUCGAAAGAUGAUGUUGGAAUGACAAGCCAGCACAGACAAAUCCUGCGCAGAAAUGUCGAUAGCCUUCAUCGCAUAGAUCUUGAUAAAUUGGUGGCUCAUCUGUCAGCUUUAUUAGAUGACGAAGAUAAACAAAACCUACGUAACACGGCAAAACCAGCCUACGAAAGGGUAGACAUGCUUUUGACUGAAGUACUACCCCGAAGGGGUCCCACUGCAUUUCACUCCUUUGUUCAAGGGCUAGAGAAAGUUGAUCCUUCAAUCGCACAAAGUCUUCAACAGGAAGCUGGAAUGAAAGGAUCUUCUAAUGGUGAGACAUCACCUGGAAAAAUGCCUGUACAAGACACUGGUUCGUAUUCAUUAGAUUCACCUGUCCAAGACAUUCUAGAUGAAAGACCUGAGAUGUUAAAAAGAUUUAGAGAAGAAAUGGACGUAGAGAAUGUUUUGGGUAAUGGAUGGAAGAGAUUUUACAAAGAACUCGGUCUUCCCGAUGGAAGAGAGACGUCUUUUGAGGGAAGGGAAGGAGGCCCAACGCUAAAUGUUAUAAAGGGGUGGAUUUCACAGCAAGGACGCAAUGCAACCGUUCAGGCUCUGCUUAGUGCUGUCAACCGUUCUGAGCGUAAAGACUGUUCUCAUUUGCUUGAAAAAAGUUUGGGAUGUCAGCUGGACCGUGUUGAUAGCCCAAUUGGAAACGUAACUAAGAAAAUGGGCUCGCUAAGCACGGGACUCAGAGAAGUGAAUUUCUUUGGAGAUCUAAAUGACAGCCAGGCAACUGUCAUUGCCAAUAACCUGGGACACGAUGCAGAGGAACUGUUGAGAACAGAACUGGGGAGAGGGCUUAAUGACAGCAACAUAUCCACGAAGGAACUUAUACUACGGAGUACAUCGUACCCAAUCCGCAAGUACACAAACUCACUGGCCGACGGUUACAGAGGACAAGCCAUUAAGACUUUAAGGGAGGCCUUAGGGACGUCUAAAGGUGUCGUGGGUGAGUGAUGAGAUACUGAGAACCUACAGUGUGAUCUGUCCUCAGACCCUUUAUUUUGUCUUGAGUUCAUCACAAUCGCACGCAAAAUAUUACCCGCGAGGGAUAUGAUCGAGCCAAAACGCAAGGGGGUGUAUAUAAUAUUCAUACUUGGUACUAUUCUUAGUUAUUUUAUAAUUACUUGUAGAUGUUUAGCACAGAGGGCAACUAGUUUAUCACUUCAUACAUGUACUGUCAUGU